UGAUCCCUACAGUAUUUUUAGUUGAAAACGAGUUGGUUGCAAAACAGGCAAGUGGACAGCCUACAGAUAGGUUGUGAUUACUGAUAUUACUCGAGAGAGGAGUUUAUAGUAAAACUUCAAGGAAGACGACAUGGACAGGACGGUCAGCCUGCCUAACCAGCCCGAGAAAACCACAACAGUGACUCUGGUUGAGAGCAGCAGUGCUCCCAGUGGGCUGGAACUAGUUAGUUCCUACCAGACCAACAGAGUUGGAGACCCCAUGAAUCUGGUUGCUCUUGCAGAGCAAGUCCAGAAGGGAGAUGAGUUUGUAAAAGCCAAUGCCUGCAACAAACUGACAGUCAUUGCAGACCAGAUCAGAUACCUGCAGGAGCAGGCGAGGAAGGCUUUGGAAGAAGCCAAAAGAGACUCUGAACUGCACCACGCUGCUUGUAACAUUGUGAAAAAGCCAGGCAACAUCUACUACCUCUAUCAGAGGCCAUCGGGACAGAAAUACUUCUCCAUCCUCUCGCCUAUGGAAUGGGGUCCAAGCUCCCCUCACCCAUUUCUUGGUGCAUUCAAACUUCAACACGACAUGUCGUGGACCCCCUUUGACGAGGUGGAGAAGAGAGACGCGGAGCUUGCCGUCAUGGACAAACUCGUCAGCCAGCAGACAGCCUUACCUACGUACGCAGGACCCAACUUCAGAGGCCUCACUGAAUAAAGAACAGACUGCUCCAACUUGUACACACUGGGCUUUUCAAGGACAUGAGCCAGAUGCUAACGCUAGUCUUAAAGGAUUCCAGAACUGCUCGUGUCAGUCACAAAAGCUUCACCGACUUUCUCAUGUUGCCUUAAGGACACAACUUGUUAAGUUUAUGUUUGUACACACACACAAAUCUUUUCUAAAAGUGAAAAUCUCUGAUAGACUUUGUCUGGACACUUUUACUGUAUAAGAGCAUUUAUUAGAACUCGUGUAGCAGAAUAUUCCACCAACCUUCAGCACAAGGAUCAGAUAUAAAGCUGCACCACAGAGCUCAUCCAAAAACACAAGAAGCUGACAUCCAGUCUUUUCUCACCAAAAGGAAUUGUACUUCUGCGUCUCAUGUUAGUACAGCAUCAGUCUGCAAUUUUUCAGCAGAAUUCUAGGUUAGCAUAGAGUUUAAGAAAAAACUGAACCACUCCAAAAGGUUUAGCUUUUUAGCACCAUUAGUGGUGAAACAAGGCACCUUAUCCAGCUGUAUUCUUGAAACUUGGGCUCUUGAUUAAAGCCCAACUGUAAGACAAUAUUGAUAUAUGGUGAUUUAAAAAAGCCAAUAUUUUUUUCAAAUGUGCUAUGUGUAGUUAUUUAUGAGUGAGGACUAGGUUAAUGUGACAACUUGUUUAUGGUCUGACUGGACGAGUCAGCUGGUUGUCAUCCCUGUGGCAUUUCCAUCAGUGCCCUCUAGUGGACAAACUACAAUGUCAACACUUGUGGUUGAAGCAUGUUUCUCCGGUGUAUUUAUUUUUUCUAGCUUUUCAGCCAAAAGAGAGAAGACCACUACCAAUAUUUAGACCAGUGGCUAAUACAUGGCAGGGUUCGGGAUGUUCCUAAUGAUUACUUUACUGUUUAACAUCACUGUACAGUAAUCAAAUAUGGCCACUGUUAAUAUAAACAAUUGCAUUACUGGUACAGAAGUGAGGGCAACAAUGGUUAAUUAUCUGGUUGAUGAGUUUGCACACUCGUAAGUUAUAAAUUGGCUUUUCUUAAAAAUAAAAUAAAAGUGUAAAGAUGA